AUGAGACAAAAGGAAAUUUGUUCUGGGGAGAAAGAGGAAGAGGAAGAUGAAGAAAUACUGGGAUCGGAUAAUGAUGAACAAGAGGAUCGUAAAGAUUAUUGCAAAGGUGGCUACCAUCCAGUCAAAAUAGGGGAUCUCUUCAAUGGCAAAUACCAUGUGGUCAGGAAGUUAGGAUGGGGACAUUUUUCUACUGUCUGGCUUUGUUGGGAUUUAAUUUUAAAAAGAUUUGUAGCCUUGAAAGUGGUCAAAAGUGCCCAACAGUACACUGAGACUGCUAUUGAUGAGAUUAAACUUCUUAGAUGUGUACGAGACACAAAUCGUAAUCAUCCAUAUAGGAAUAAAACCGUGCAACUGCUGGACGAUUUCAAAAUCUCUGGAGUCAAUGGCACACAUGUCUGUAUGGUCUUCGAGGUACUGGGGUGUAACUUACUGAAGUUGAUAAUUCGUUCCAAUUACAUGGGUAUUCCCAUAGAGAAUGUGAAAUCUAUCAUUAGGCAGACGUUGGAGGGGCUGCACUACCUGCACACUGAAUGCAUGAUAAUUCACACUGACAUCAAACCGGAGAACAUCUUGCUGUGCGCUGACGAAGAGCACGUUCACAAACUGGCCUCUGAUGCGUUUGAGUGGCAUAAGCUGGGCAUGAAAUUGCCUGGAUCAGCCAUCAGCACAGCUCCGCAGGAGAAGAAAGUUGAGGGUAAAAUGUCAAAAAAUAAAAAGAAAAAAUUGAAAAAGAAGAGAAAGCAGCAUGAAAAACUUGUUGAAAUACAACUGAGUCAGAUGCAAGAAGUGAAACAGAAAAAAUUACAGUUAUUGUUGUGUAGUAGUAGUAGUAGUAGUAGUAGUAGUAGUAGUAGUAGUAGUAGUAGUAGUAGUAGUAGUAGUAGUAGUAAUUGUAGUAAUUGUAGUAAUGGUAGUAGUAGUAGUAGUAGUUGUGAUAGUAGUAGUAGUUGUUGUUGUUGUAGAAGUUGUUGUAGUAGUAAUAGAAGAACAGCUGAUCAGCUAUCACCAUCAUCAAGAAGACUGGAUCCUGUGAGAGAUGUUUUCGACAUACCUGUCAAAAUUGCUGAUCUUGGAAACGCUUGUUGGACUUACCAUCACUUCACUGAUGACAUUCAAACGAGACAGUACAGAUGUCUUGAGGUGCUCAUUGGAGCAGAUUAUGGACCCCCAGCUGACAUCUGGAGUACUGCUUGCAUGGCUUUCGAAUUAGCAACAGGUGAUUACCUGUUUGAGCCGCACUCAGGUCCAGGUUACUCGCGGGAUGAAGACCACUUAGCGCACAUCAUCGAACUCCUCGGGCCCAUCCCGCCCCACAUUGCACUGGCUGGCAGGUACUCUAGAGAAUAUUUCAAUAGCAGAGGUGAACUCCGACAUAUAAACGGCCUGAAGCCCUGGGGACCUUACGAGGUCCUGGUCGAGAAGUAUGGCUGGAACCCGCAAGAGGCACAAUCCUUCGCUAACUUCCUCAUCCCCAUGUUGGAGUACGAUCCCCGCUACAGAGCCACUGCAGCUCAGUGUCUCGAGAAUCCAUGGCUUACUGGAGUCAGUCCCAAAAGUUCAUUGACAUCGGUCGAUAAGGAGAUGAUGAUGAUGUUAGCGUCGAGAUGUUACGAUGAAGAUGACGAUGACGACGAUCCUUAUCAGUAUCAUCAUCAUCUACAACAUCGUCCCUAUCCUCAUCAGCCUCUCCAGUUUGAUGCCGGCAGGCAGAAGUUUGGAGGGGCUGUCGUCGGAGUUGAAGAUGUCUGUGAAGAUUAUUUCAGCACUUCGGAUGAUAAUGAUGAUAACAACAACAACAGUGGUGAUGAUGAUAACAAUGUUAUCGUUGCAGAUAAUGAUGAUGAAGAUGAGGACGAUGAUGAAGACGGUUAUGAGGAUGAAAUUGCCCUUGCAAAUGGACUCGUCAAGUGGUUGGUGAAUUUGAGUUUUCACGCUAUUUAA